AUGGCUACCGCAGCGGACUCCUCCGACACUUUGAUCACAAUCCCUUCUCCCGCGCACAUGUCCCCAACCAAGGCGAUGUCCAUCGAAAUGGACACUGUCUCACCUGACUCCCCGCCCCCCGACGUUCCCAAACUCCUCCGCGAAGCCAGCGACAUCACAUGGCAAGAGAGUCUCGAAUCCACAAAAGAUCAAGUCACCUUGGUCCGCCGAGGUGGCCGUUUCCACCUGCUCCAACAGCAACAAUUCAAAAACAGCUUGUUAGCAAGUGUUGGGUACCUCGAGCUGGCCAAUGCGGGUGACUUUGCUGCCAAUGUUUGGAAUGAUAUUCCAGUGCCUACUUUCGCUGCCGUCCUCAUGGGCAUUGGUGGUACCUUGGCGUUGGGGAUGGUGCUGGUCGCUAUUCAGGACUUCCGGUUGAGUUGGAAGAACGUCAAGGUCCUCCGGGCAGAGAAGGAGCAUCUUGAAAGACUACGGCAAUACCACAACAAGAAUGCUGAGCUGGCUCGGCUGAUUGAUAGUCGGCUGGGUGUCUCGAAACGUGAAAUUGGCACAGAGGUGGUCGAUCGGAUCGUGAUGGACGUCUUAAUGGGUUUUGGGUCCAUGCUGGUCGGCGUCGGCACAUUGAUGGCUAUUGGCGGUGCCAACCCAAGAGUCUUCAAGGCGAGCAAUUUGCUCUCCGGAUAUAUUGGGAACGGACUGGCUGCGAUAUUCGGUCUAGCAAAUGCGGUCUGGUCAGGGUAUCUGAUCCAUCGAUUUCGCAUGCAUGACGCUGCAACAUUUGCACGAGAGCCCAGCGAUGAGAUUCGUCGCCGCCUCCACACUCGCUUCCGGCGCUUCCAAUGGCAUGCCGCUAUCAAUGGGCUGAAUGGUCUUGUUGCCGGCGCCGCUUCCAUGGUCACCGCUGAACGGUGGUGGGGAUACGUCGUUUUGAUUCCAUGCAUAAUCUCGCUCAUACUGUGCAACUACUUCUGGCGAAAGAAGAUUGGCUAUGAUCGGCCCGUAUUCGGACAUGCAUCCCCAGCCAAGAUCCAGUUGACACCCCUCAUCGAAGACCUGGAGUAUGUGAUCCUCAUGCAACGUGGCCUGGCCGAGCCAGAAACCUCUCUCCCCCAAGCCAUCGUCCAGCUAGACUCUCUGGACUCUAUUUUGCGGUUCAUUGUUCGAGAACGCAUGUUGGAGACGUACUGUGAAUCACUCUCCCGCGACAAGAAAACCCGUCACCUCCUCACAGAGCUACCAUCACACAAAGAGUCCCCGGACCAAAUAACGAUUUCUCUCGAGGCUCUCUUUCGCCUCUCAACCAACCACCUAGACACAAUAUUAACGCACGCCAAGAAAUUCCUCCAAACGACUGGGGUUCUCGUCUUCACCCACCGCGAACGCCACCUCCUUGAACUACUGGGCUUCGCCAUCUGGCAGGAUCAGAUGAAUGAAGCAAAAGAUCAUACAAUAGAGCAAGCUUAA